UAUCUUUCGUUUUUUUUGUAGCUGUGUGCUGUGCUGUGGCUUGGUUCUGGUUUCUCGUUUGUCGCUGUGUUUGGAAUUGAGUUGCCCUGCAGUUUUUGAUGCUAAUCCAAAUAAAAACACAUAAAAAUUGGCUGUAUAAUUCAGUUAAUUCAUUGAAUGCACUCAAACUCGGCAGGAACGAUGCUGAAACAAGAAAGCGGGAAUUUGGCUGAAUUCGAGUAUGAUAUAAACCAGAUGUACAGCGUGGACAGCAUGAACCUAGAAGACCUAGGGCCACUGGGCACCUUCAACAGCCAGGGCAACCUCGUGGUGCUGUCUCCACCGGAUGUCUCUGAGGAGACUUUGGAUAUUGCCUACGCCAUGCCCAGUGUGCCAAACAUUGAAGACAUGAUGCCGGUGUCGCCGCGAGGCCCGCCGGCGCGCACGCCCUUUCCCGGUGGCCUCAACUUCACCGUCGAGAUAAAUGCUGCUGACACAAACCGCAAGAAGUACUUGUACUCGCACCAGCUGAACCGCAUCUACGUGGACAUUAAGACCAACUUCCCAGUGCAGUUCCGCUGGGACUUCGAGCGAGCGGGCAGCCCCAUGUUCGUGCGAGCCACCACAGUGUUCUCUGAUGACGCGCAGUCCGAGAAGAGAGUGGAGAGAUGCCUGCAGCACACACAUGAGAGCGCCAAUGCUGGCAUAGACCCGACCAUAGUGCAGAACGUGCUCCACUCGUCCGCCGCGCCGGGCACUAUGGGCGUGUACUACUGCGGAGCGCCCGGCCUGCCCGACGCCUGGUACUCCGUGCUGCUGCGCUUCGACGGACGCCCGCAGGAGGCCUACUCGCACGCCUACCAGUUCGUGUGCAAGAAUUCCUGCUCCAGUGGGAUCAAUAGACGCUCCAUUGACAUUAUUUUCACACUUGAGGAUCAUACGGGCCAGGUGUACGGGCGGCAGACUGUAGGCGCGCGCGUGUGCGCCUGCCCGCGCCGCGACAAGCACAAGGACGAGAGCGCCGCGCGCACCGCACACAGCAACAACAGCAACAACAACAACAACAAGCGCCGCGUGCAGACACAGCAGGCCCCGACACAGCCGGCGGGGAAGAAGGUCAAAAUUGAGCCUGAUGAUGAUGUACUGGUGCUGCCGCCGUUGCCAAUUGUCGGACGUCGCACUAUGGUCACCGGUCUCGAAGUCAUGCUAAACAUGAUGGAAGCUGUGGCAGCCAAGACUCCAGAGCACGAAGCCGACAAAUACCAGACCUCCAUCCGGGCGCUCCGGGACAAAAUCCAGGAGCUCCGGGGGGGCUCACAGGCUGAGUAGCCUAUUAGUUUAAUUUGAGGCCGUUAGAAGCCAACUAAAGCAAGUGUAACUAAAUCAGAAACAAUUGGAAACAUGUAGAUUUUACCGUUGUAUUUCUUUUUCAAGACCCGAGCACACCGGAUGCGUAUGCGUAGACUUGCGCGUGCGCGUUGUAAUAUACAGAUCCUUAAAAGAGACGACACACCGCUUGCGGCUUCUACAUUCACUCUGGCCUUUAAUGUUGCAAAUUAUAAAUAAUGCAUCAUUUACAAAAAGGAGCAAAUAAGUCUAUAAAGUGCCUUAGAUGCUAAUUAAAGAAAUUUUUUAAUAAUUGUGUAGGACAUUUUCAGAAAUUGCAAAAGAUCGUGUCUUAGAUAUUAACAACUAUGUUAUCUUGCUAUUGAUUUAGUACAUAGGAACAGGUCGAUUCACGAAAACCGGCACGAAUGGAAUGAACGAGACUCAUUGUAUGAGUGAUACCUGUAUCGGUAUACAGUCAGAGCCACCGUUUUAUUGAUUUAUGUGAUACCAGCGGUGUCAGCAUGGUUGAAUUUUUAUCACCUGUCACUAUGCCUGUCACUUUCGCACUUUACUUGUUAGAACGUGACAGGCAUGGUGACGAUAAAAAUGCGACCGUGCUGAGCCUGCAGGCGUGGCUGCCGCGAUUUCGUCGCGUCGCUACAAGUACACGCGGCCCACACCAAUUUUGGUGUCUAGCCAUAGUGGUUGCCGCGCACCGCUACGGAACGGACGCCUGCUCGCGCUUGCGCCACCUAGCGGUCAUAUCUGUCGUAAUAGACGCGUUUUGUUAGUGAAUCUUCAGUACCUAGUACUAUUAUUUAUUCUGUGGUAAUACACAUUUUCAUUAGCUCAUUCAUUCCAUUCGUGCCAGCUUUCGUGAAUCGACCUGUAAUGGUUGUAAAUUGAAAUUAUUGUGUGAUUGGGAUCACAAAUUACCAUCUGUUAGAAAGGGUCUGCUAUUUUAUCUAAGGAUGGUAUUCUACCCUGUCCAAUUUCUUUGUCCAAUGUGUAUUGCGUCUCACAUUUUGCUUAAUGAGAGAGUGAGACGAACAAACACAAACAAACAUACAAAGACAACACACAACAACACAUACAUACACAAACAACAUUACAUUGGACAAAGAUAUAAUAAAAUCGCGUACCCUCCGACCUCUGGUUUUUUUUAAAUAUAUUACAAACAAAUUCAAUAAGUUCUUUGAUUGUUGUUCCUGAUGAAAUUAUGAGUUGUAUUUGUUUUUGUUGUUUUCUAACUAGUUACUUACCUAAGAUUGUGUUGUAGUUUCAUACUACUUUUUAUAGCAUUUUUUUUAUUUUUUAGUCUAGAAUUAUGGUAAUUAUAGAAUUAUUUUGAUUAUUUCUAUUGUAGCUACUUCCAGUGCUAAGUAUUAUUCUAUGUAAUUCGAUUUUAUUAGAUUUUACUUUUUAAAUUGUGCUUCCUAUCUUAUGCAAUUUUAGAAUAUAAUUUGACAUUAAAAAAUAAUGACAUAAAUUUUCUGCUUACUUGAAAAUUAUGAUAUAUAAUUGUGACGUUUUUAAUCAAAAGGUACCACAUUGUUGCUUACCAUAAGGACGAAAAUUGCUUGUAAAGCCUGACCAGUAAUAUAUGAUCAUUGUCAAGAGGGCGCUGUUAUUCUCAUUGAUAGGGUGACAGUUCAGUAUAGUAUGAAAAAAAUAGUUCCAGUGAAAUUCCGCAACAUGGCGCGUGAUCAUAUAUUCCUGGUCAGGCUUUAUCUUAAUACGAAAAACCUGUCAGAGCGUACUUAUGGCAAGCGACAAUGUGGUACCUUUUGCUUGAUAACGACACAAUUACGGAACUUAUUUCUAACUUGCCUUCGUUUUAUAACUUUAAUUUUGAUUGGUUGAAUAUUUAACAACGGAUAACUAUUGGCCUCUCGCUCAAUCUCAUGCUCGAGGGAGGCAAAUAGACACUGCCAUUAUAUUCUCUUUUACUGACUUGCUCUUAAAUACUACUUAACGAGUAGGUACUUAUUGUAAUAUUAUGUUGUUACUUACCUAUAAGUAUCAUCAUGAUUUUUAUAUUGUGGUGCUAUUCCUAUAGUUAAUUAGAUAGUUAGUUUUUAAGUUUUUUAAUUACUACCUCUGUUCUCACACUGAAUCACCACCAACGAAAAUAUAUUAUGUACCAAACGCCAUGUGUCCGCCUUUAAAGUGAAAAUUUCAACCGUGAAUGGUUAUUAAAAUUUGAUGAU